AGCACAGGCGAAGUGAAACCCCUGAACGCAAACGACAAUAUUUCUCUUGGCAGUGUGGGGACACUGUUGUUGUGUUCGGUGUGCAAACAGACGAAACACUGUUUCUCCAAACCCAAGCAGCCCAGCUUCUUUCUUUCUUCAUACCUUGAAGACGCAAAAUAAAUAGAAAGGAAGAGCAUUUGAGACAGAGGAGAAGAAGAAGAAGACAACGAUGGGUUUAGGUUGGAUAGUGAAUCAACAAUGCAGAAGGUGGACGACAAGUCGUGUAUGUGGAGCAACGUUUCUGUGCUGCAUGUGCUUUAUCCUCUUUACUCCCACAAUCCCUCGCUCUCCCAAGCACCACCAAUUCGGUGACAUGCGCAAUCUUCUCGGAGUACCCAACACGUUGAAUGUGAUGACGAAUUUCCCGUUCUUAGUUGUGGGGAUUCUGGGCCUUGUGCUUGCCCUCGAAGGAGGUGUCUUCAACAUAAGUUCCCAAGGAGAGGUUUGGACAUGGGCUCUGUUCUAUGCUGGAAUAGCUGGGGUGGCUUUUGGCUCUGCUUAUUACCAUUUGAAACCCGAUGACCAUCGUGUGUUGUGGGACACUUUACCGAUGAUGGUGGCUUUCUCCUCACUUUUCUCCAGCUUGGUUGUUGAGAGAUUUGGCCAGAGGAUUGGGCUAUGUUGUCUGUUUGCACUCAUUGUUGCUGCAUUUCUAUGUGUAGUUUAUGAACGAAUUUAUAAUGAUAUUCGGUUCUGCGUGAUAUUCCAGUUGACUCUGCCUCUAGCUAUUCCAGUAAUAGCACUCAUGUACCGCUCCAAAUAUACUCACUCAAGAUAUUGGUUUAUGUCUACAGGGAUUUAUCUGCUUGCAAAAUUUGAAGGUGUUACUGACAAGAAACUGUACUAUGUAAAUAACUACAUUAUCAGUGGGCAUUCUAUGGAACACUUGUGCUUAGCACUGAUCCCUGUUUCACUCAGCGUGAUGCUCAUCUACAGGGAACUUAAGUUUCAAAGAAUAGUUGAUGUUAAAGAUCGACCAUGAGGGACACAGAACUGAUGAUUGUUCAUUUGCUCCUGGAUGGUCGACAGACGUUGCAUUAGUAAUGAAUGAGUGAAAAUGCCUUAGGAUUAUAUAAACCAUGGUCGGCAAAGUAGAUGAAGUUUUCCUCCAUAACUUGUAAGUGUUACUAGUUUAGCUGUACAGUGGGGCCAAAUUCCUUUAUCUUUAUUUAUAAGGGAAUCUGUGUUGACAUCAAUCUGAUCUUGCCUGGUGGGUCGUCAUGUGAAUGAAAGCUUUGUGCCUUUAAGAUGACCUGAGGUGACGGACAAGAGGUUUCUAACUUGAAUUUGUUUUUCUCUGUUGUUAGCCCUUCUAAAAUCUGUGACAGCAUUAUUGAUGCAUCAACGUGAGGCAUUGAGAAUUUUGUAACUAGUCUGCGUAGUGUUUAAUUUUUGUGAUGUGAGAAAAACUAACAUGCAGAAAGCACGAUAGAUUCUGCUGUGAACUUGUGACGGAUUUAAGAUUGCGGUCUUCUGUGUUGGCCUUGUGGAUUUAUUAUGGAUGAAUCCAGGUGGCAAAAGAUGAUGGGAAUUCGCAUUAGCAAAUUUUGUGGCACGUGUUGGUGCUUUAGAUGCUUACCUGGCAAAUAUAUGCUUCCUUCACAUGCUGUUGCUUUGUCAUUUUGAAUAACUUUUGUGUCUGCUUAUUUUAUGGCUCCUAACAUAUUUAUAAUCAUGUGCCUUGUAACCAUAUACAAAUAAUUAUUAUUGUAUUACGUUCGGUGAUCUUUCGUUUUCUUCUGCCCCCCACCCUCUUCUCCCUUAUGGUAAAGGAAGAUCAAAUCUUCUUACAAGAUUGGAAAAUUGUAAUAUAAUAUUUAAAAGGUCAAAAU